AUGCAAGAGGGCUUCAGCUGGGAGGACAGUACCCCUGUGUCGUACACCCGCUGGGCUGCUAGUCAGCCAAGCUGGACAGGCCGUGACGAGGCUGACCAGGGCUGUGUGGCCUUGAACCCUGAUGGGACCUGGACAAACAGAGACUGCCUGGAUCAGCUCUCUUUCCUAUGUCGUUCGGAGUUCAAGUUCAGAGCUAGUAGUUCUACCACAGCAGUCAUGACCCCACACCAGCAGACACCUGCAGGGGUCACUACCAACGUGCCCACAACCGCACACCAAGUGACCCCACCACACCCUCCUGUGUCUGGUCCAUCAGUUCCACCAAGUCCAGCGAAUCCAUCAGGUCCACCCAGCGUGGCUGCACCUGUUAGUACUGGGCCCACCACCCCCAAGUCUCUUCGUUCAUUGAGUAGUGGAGAGACAAGUUCUGUAACAAUCCGAAUUCCUUCUACUAAGAAACACGUUGGAGGAAAACCAACAAAAAAUUCUGGAGGUAUUAGUGACGGGGACAAAGCAGCCAUCAUUGUGUCAGUUUUGGCUAUAGUUAUUCUUUUAGUUGUUGGUGUCCUUUACGUCCUGCAACGCCGUGGGUCUUUGCGUUCUUCAUUCCUUCGCAGAGAAGCGUCGCGGAUGAAAAAUUUUGAAAAUAGCCUGUACGAAGAGACAAGGAAGGACAGCAAGGAGGGAGAGUCAGUUAACAUUAUUGCUUUGAAGUCUGAUAGCCGGAGCUUCAGUGUCAGCUACAAUGUGACCCCAACGACAUCGGAUGAAAAUGGCGUGAAUUAUCAACAGUUUGAUUCUUCGCAAAUGCCAAAUGUGGAUGAUGAUGAAGAUGUAUGA